AUGGUAAAAGCGCGCAAGUACGUUGUAGUCAACGAGUUCAAGGGUUGGCCUAAGCGUGAAGAUUUCCAAAUUGAGGAACACGAACUGCCGCCCCUCAAGGAUGGAGAGAUUCUAGUCAAAACUCAGUGGCUGAGUGUUGACCCAUACAUGCGAGCCCACAGUUCAAAAGAACGGUACGACCAAUUUGGCUACAAUAUUGCCGCAGUAAUAGAAACCAAGGCCGCUGACUACCCUGUUGGAACGAAAGUGGUAUCCCACAAGGGGUGGUGUGACUAUUGCAUCUUGGACACUAAUAAGGUAUAUGAGGACACCGGAAAAAUUUACAAACUUCCACUCAUGAAGGGUUUGUCUGAUUCGCUGGCAGUUGGUGCCGUGGGUAUGCCAGGUGCAACUGCAUACUUCGGAUUCCUGGAACACUGCAAACCUAAAGCUGGUGAGACAGUUGUAGUGACGGGGGCUGCGGGAGCUGUGGGCUCUCUGGUCGGACAGAUCGCGAAGAUCAAGGGCUGCAAGGUGAUCGGCUUCGCUGGCUCCGACGAGAAAGUCAAGUGGCUGGAGAGCAUCGGUUUUGACAAGGCGAUCAACUACAAGACUGCCGACAACGCGGCUUCACUGAGGGAAGCUGCUCCACAGGGAGUAGACUGUUACUACGACAACGUCGGCGGAGAGCUGAGCAGUACCAUCUUGUACCAGAUGAACCAACAUGGACGAGUCGUAGUUGUCGGUUCCAUCAGCUCGUACAACGAGGAUCGCAAUAAUUUACCCAAAGCAACAAUCUUACAACCUGCCAUUCUGUACCGUCGACUAUCAGUCAGCGGUUAUAUUGUAUUUGAUUCGCUUGAUAAGUUCCCUGAAGCAUUUGAUCAAAUCACCAAGUGGAUACAGAGUGGGAAGAUAGUGGCCAAAGAACAUGUCACGGAAGGUUUCGAGAAUCUCUAUGAUGCUUUAAUAGGAGUGUUGAAAGGUGAUAACAUUGGAAAGGCUGUUGUCAAAAUAUAA